AUGCAGUCCGACGAUGUAAUAUGGACCAUCAUCGGCCACGAAUUCUGCUCUUACAAGAUCAAGUCCAAAAGCCACUCUACCUUCUGUCGUAAUGAAUACAACCUCACCGGUCUCUGUAAUCGUCAGUCCUGUCCUCUCGCAAACUCACGCUACGCUACCGUCCGCGAACGCGAGGGCAUCGUCUAUCUUUACAUCAAAACUGCCGAGCGAGCACAUUCACCCAAGAGGCAAUGGGAAAGGAUUAAAUUAUCCAACAACUACACUCGAGCAUUGGAGCAGAUUGAUAAAGAGCUUAUCUAUUGGCCCAAGUUCAUCACCCACAAGGCCAAACAGCGUUUGACCAAGAUCACCCAGUAUCUGAUCAAGUUGAGAAGGAUAAAGUUGAAGCAAGAAGAACAACCGCAGCUGGUAGCCAUUAACAAAAAGACACAGAGCAGAGAACAAAGGAGAGAAAUGAAAGCCAUCAAAGCUGCCCGACUCGAAAAGUCGAUCGAAAAGGAACUAUUAGAGCGUCUAAAGAGUGGUGCCUACGGUGAUGCACCCCUCAAUGUCAACGAACAUGUCUGGAUGCAAGUACUCGAGAAUCGAAAUAAGAGCCAAGGAGUAGAGUUGCAAGAUGAAGAGAGCCAAGAGGAGCUCGAAGAGGACUUGGACGAGAUGGAUCGAUUGAUGGGGCAAGAAAUCGAACAAGAGGAGGGCAUUGGCCAGAGGGAAUUUGUAAGCGAUCAUGAUGACGAUGAACAGAGUGAGGAUGAUUUCGAAGAUCUCGUCCUAGAUGAUAGCGAUGCUAACUCGAUCCUGUUUGACAGCGAUGCGCAUGACUCAGACGAUGAUGAUGAUGAUGAGCAGGAGGAGGCGGCAAGCGAUGAAGACGGCGAGCAAGAUGGAAAGAGAGCCAAGAAGCGAAAAGCUCCAGCACCAACCAAGAAAGCUCCAGCACCGACCAAGAACAAGGGCGGUAAGAAAGGACCACAGAUCGAAAUCGAGUACGAGGAGGAGACUGAACCUCUUACCAACGACGCUUUGGCAAAUUGGUAA